CAUUUAAUAACUAGUAUAUAAAGCAAGAAACGGUGAUUUUUGGGUAGUUUAGUUAACUCAACAGUGGUGGUGAUUCAAGUGCUAGCAAUGAGGAUUUUAGUGGUCAGUGCCACUCUUUUGAUGGUGGUUUAUGCUAAGCCGCAAGGAUACUCUUAUCCUGCAGCUCCAAGUGGACCGAGUGCCCCUGGCGACAGUUACGGACCUCCUUCAGGACCUCCUGCAGGCCCACCUCCAUCGAAAUAUGGUCCUCCAGCUCAGAGCCCAGUAGUUCAGAAACACGUAUAUGUCCAUGUACCUCCACCAGAGAAAGAUCUCCCGAAACCCAGAAAACCUAUUGCUGUUGCCCCUGCUCAGAAGCACUACAAGAUCAUCUUCAUCAAGGCACCAACUCCACCAACUCCAACAGCUCCUGUUAUUCCGGUACAACCACAAAACGAAGAGAAGACUUUGGUUUAUGUGCUUGUGAAGAAACCAGAGGAAGCACCAGAAAUUACCAUUCCGACACCAGCCCCAACUCAACCAAGUAAACCCGAAGUUUACUUUAUCAGAUACAAAACGAAGAAAGAGAAUGGUGGCGGUCCAUACCCAGACAGUGGACAACCGCAAAAUGGUGGAUAUCCUGCUGCAUCACCACCUUCGUCCGAAUAUGGGGCUCCAAGUGGCGGAACCAACGGAUAUAAAUAGAUUUGUACUUUUACAACGUAUACCACCUGUCAUAGACUAUAAAUAGUUUACAUCUUUUAUAACUUUAAGAUACUUUUGCCAAUGUAACAUAUUUUAGACUUCAAACAGUUUGCUACUGGGUACCAGUAGGUGCAGAAAAUGUGCUGAACUAUGUAAUUGAACGUAUAUUGUAACAAUGUAGACAAUUUAACUGUGCAUCUGUUAAUACGUCAGUCAAUUCUUCAUCUAGCUGGAGAUCGAAUUCUCCAAUGUAUUUUUUAUUUUUGUAUUGUAUAGAGAGCGAAUAUUAUUAAGCGAUAUUGAAACGGUGACAAAUAUAUUCCUAGUUAGUAAUGUUACGAUCCACGAGACUAUUAAGUAGUUAAUAAUGUUAGGUUGACACAAGUUGAUAGUCGUAGUUUUACAGAUCUGUGUUAUGAUUAUGUCAGUGUAUAUAUAUACAUACGUUAGUUAAAAUAUUGAAGGUUAUUGCUUAUUGUUAUAUCUAUUUUUUUACUUUUUAUAUAAUCUGUCAUGUGUUUAUGUAUUUGAAUUUAAAUAUUGAAAUAUAUUUUUUCAAAUCAA